AUGGAGGCUCUGCAAUUCUCCACCCUUUACACACAGCCACGAUCAUCAUGCUGGCAUACACUUCUUCGCUCGAAACACUUCGUCACCGCCACCCUCUCCACCCCAGCAGUGAGAGCACCCUCUUCACCCUUCUUCACGGAGUCUGCUCCUCUCCUCAGCCUCUCUUCCGAUUCCCUUCAGUACCCACCCGGUUAUGUUGGGGCCGUUCCCGACCGCACAUGCUCCAGCCACGGCAUGACCAAUGCCAAUGCCAUGAGUGACUUGGUGAAUAUACUCUCUUCAAAGGUUUAUGAUGUCGCCAUUGAGUCCCCUUUGCAAUUGGCUCCAAAGCUUUCCAAAAGACUUGGGGUUAACGUUUGGCUCAAGAGGGAGGAUAUGCAGCAGGAUUUCUCAUUUAAGCUCCGCGGAGCUUAUAAUAUGAUGGCCAAACUUCCAAAGGAACUGUUGAAAAGAGGCGUUAUCUGCUCAUCAAAUGGAAAUCAUGCUCAAGGAGUUGCCUUAGCUGCCAAGAAAUUGAAUAGUAGUGUCAUUAUUGCAAUGCCCGUUACCACUCCAGAAAUUAAGUGGAAAUCUGUGAAGGAAAUGGGUGCCAUUGUUGUUCUUGUUGGAGAUUCAUAUGAUGAAGCACAAGCAUAUGCUAAGAAGCGUGGAAAAGAUGAAGGGCGAACAUUUAUACCUCCUUUUGAUCAUCCUGAUGUUAUCAUGGGCCAGGGAACUGUUGGGAUGGAAAUUGUGAGACAAAUGCAGAGUCCAGUGCAUGCUAUCUUUGUGCCCGUGGGAGGUGGUGGUCUCAUUGCCGGUAUUGCUGCUUAUGUGAAGAGGGUUUCUCCACAGGUGAAAAUCAUUGGUGUAGAGCCUACUGAUGCAAAUGCAAUGGCAUUGUCACUGCAUCAUGGCCAGAGGGUGAUUUUGGACCAUGUUGGAGGAUUUGCAGAUGCUGUAGCUGUUAAAGAGGUUGGUCAAGAAACUUUUCGCUUAUGCAAGGAGUUGAUCGAUGGAGUUGUUCUAGUAAACCAUGAUUCAAUUUGGGCAUCAAUCAAGGACAUGUUUGAGGAAAAAAGGAGCAUAUUAGAACCAGCAGGUGCUCUUGCCCUUGCUGGAGCCGAGGCAUACUGCAAGUAUUAUGGGAUUAAGGGGGAAAAUGUUGUAGCAAUAACUUCUGGGGCAAACAUCAAUUUCGAUAAACUUAUGCUAGAGAAGCUUGGCAGUUUCAACAGUUUUGUGAAAUGGUGA